AACAUUUACCAUAGUCCAAUAUAGCCAUUAUAUGUAUCUUUUGACGAUUUGAAAACCUAAAAAAUAUAAAGCGUUGCAGCGCUAAACGAUUGAAUAAUUUGGAGAGUUCUGUUGUUGUCGUUUAAAUUUACGAAACUACGAAGAUUGCUUAUAUAACGUAUAAAAUUAUUACAUUGUGUAAUCACGGCGGAAUAGCCAAGAGGGCUAAUGCGUUUUUACUUCAGAUUAACUCCAGGACUCCGGGGGUCAUUGGUUCGAGCCCUGAUACCGGCUACUUUUUUUCCUUUGUUAAAAUUUUAUUCUUGAUUUUUUACUGGAGCUUUUAAGAUACAAUGUUUACAUUUAUCAAUAUAAAGCAUUUAAUGACAAACUUCAAAAUAUGCCAAAAUCUGUGAAAAGGCCACUUUAAAGGGAUCUUUUUACGGUUUGAUACAUUGACAAAAUUGAAAAAAGUUGUUUCAGAUUCGCAAAUUUUCGGUUUAGUUAUGAUAUUUGUGAGGAAACAGUAUUACUGAACAUUUGCCAUGGUCUUAUAUAGCCAUGAGACGCUACUUUUGACGAUUUAAAAACCUAAAAAAUAUAAAGCGUUGCAACGCGAAACGAUUGAAUAACUUUGAGAGUUCUGUUGUUGUCGUUUAAAUUUGUGAAACUACGAAGAUUGCUUAUAAAACGUAUACAAUACGCCUCUUAUGUAUGCUUGGCAGGAUAGCUCAGUUUGCUAAUGCGUUUUUACUUCAUGAUUCCGGGGGUCAUUGGUUCGAGGCCUGCUGUGGGCUACUUAUUUUUUAUUUUUUAAAUUUUAAUUUUGAUUUUUUUACUGGAGCUUUAAAUUUUAAUGUUUACAUUAAUCAAUAUAAAGCAUUUAAUGACAAACUUCAAAACAUAACAAAAUCUGUGAAAAAGCCCCUUUAAUACCUGGUUAGUGACAUGAAGGUUUCGUCUUACGUGUUCUGGUGAAAGACCUCUGACUAGAGGCGAAACAAAACAUUUGCUGGUCAAAUAUAUUUUCUCGUGAACAAUUUACAUUUACUGGCGUACGACUUACAUUUCCAUGUGAACGACUUGCUUUUGCCAGUUAAGUACCUGCAUCUACCCGUGGACAAAUUUGUCGUCAUUAUAUUGUAAAAUAAUUGCCUCCGCAGUUUUGUAAUAGGUGCAUAACAAAAAGAGUCGCUAGCGUAUAUUUCGAGAUUGGGACAAAAAGCUUUUAUUUCAAAACCAGACUAACGUAAGUUAUUGUACGCGCGUAAAAAUGCUGUUGUUCACACCCGAGUUGGUCUAUCUCAUCGCGGUGGCGUCGCUGGGCAACGCCGAUGGUGUCGAUGGUAGACGGAGGAAUCCAGCCAGGCUGAUGCCACGGAAUCGCUUACCACCGGAAAUAGACGGCCCCUACCGAUCGGCGAUCGAAGAGAAUCACCCAGCUUCCGGCCCCAACCAGGAAGUAGAAUCGACAACUCAGCUGACCGGAAACAUCUCACAUAACGGCAUUCAGUCAGACGCAGACCCGGCGCGGGAGUCAGCAGGAAACCAACGGGACCAAGGUAGUCAGGGGCAGCAUUUCCUGUUUACAGUUCCUACCAUUCCGGCACCACAGGACGUCGACUGUCAUAUAGAAUUACAAACCAUUCAGAUUCAAGGCGGUAAAUGCACGCAGCUGGGCGGCGACAGGAGGCGCCCUUACAUCUGUCAGAGUGGCCCGCAUAUCGUGUUCGAGCCCCGCUGUCGGCAGAUCGUCGAAAAUCGGCGGCAGCGGAGCCGCCAGCAACUUCCGGUGGAGGGCGCUGAUUGACACUCCUUUGAUCCUGCGAUGAUGUGUUUGAAAAGUCAAUGACAGAAAACCGAAAUGGUGAAUGCAGUUGUGGAAUAAUAAUUGAACAUAAUAAGUUACCAAUGUCAUUCGUCUGGUUUUAGAUCAUGUACAAUAUUUGCUGUAUGUAAAUGUGUUCUGUAAUCUUUAAACCCCAAAAUAAAUUCAAGCCAAAAUUGUA